GCAUUAAAUAAAUAUUUUGAAUACUAUAGUAGACCAAAUAGAUGCAUAACAGAUAGAGGAACUUGUUUUACCUCUAAAGAAUUUGAAAAUUAUUUAAAUAACAAAAAUAUUACCCAUGUAAAAGUAGCUGUGCAUUCGCCACAAGCGAAUGGACAAGUUGAAAGAAUUAACAGAAGCCUCGUAGGAAUGUUAGCAAAAUUAAGCGAUCCUUUAGAACAUGCUGAUUGGGUAAAACAACUUCUAAAAAUUGAAUUCGCAAUAAAUAAUUCAGUUAAUAGAUCAAUAGGACUAACUCCAAGCCAAGCUUUAUUUGGCAUAAACCAAAGGGGUGAAACUGUCGAUAAGCUGACAGAAUAUCUAGACGAAUGCAUUUCAGGCCUGGAGGGGAGGGAUUUGGAACUUAUCCGUAACUCUGCACAAAAGUGUAUAUCUAGAGUGCAGAAAUAUAACUUAAAUCGAAGUAAACAAGUACAAAAAAGUGCUAUUGAAUUUAAGGAAGGCGAUUUCGUAGUAAUAAAAAACGUAGAUACAACAGCAGGAACAAAUAAAAAACUUCUGCCAAAAUUUAAAGGACCAUAUGUUGUUCAAAAGAAACUUCAAAAUGACCGCUACGUGGUAAGAGAUAUAGAAAACGCCCAAAUAACACAAAUCCCUUAUGAGGGUAUAAUAGAAGCUUGUAAUAUAAAGUUAUGGAAAGCUAAAGGUAAUGCAAUUGGUAAUGCGGGCAACACUGUCCAAUAAAAUUAAUACACAUAAGUAAACUUGUAAAUAUACUAUAAGUAAUUUUAAUUUAGAUGUAAUUAACUUGU